UGACAUUGAUCUAUUACUUCUUGGAAAGAGGAAAACGCAAAGACGUUUGCCAAAUGUUGAAGUGAUGGAGCUCAACGGAGGCGGGGUCUGAAUCCUGCACUUUUUAUAAAAUAUGCAGUCAGGACUAAUGACAUUUCUUCAGUGUGUCCUUUCAACAGGACGAUCAAACUUGAAGGCUACAAGGGAACGAUAAAACCCUCUUCACCACAGAGCUUCCUGUGAACCAUCAUGGACGAGGACUUUGAUUUCGAGCGUCGCAGAGAGUUGCGGAAACAAAAGCGUGAAGAGAUACAGCGGGAGGCAGAGAAAAUGAACGCUCAAGAUGAUGAUGAGGAGGUGUCCCGCGAGCGCCGCAGACAAGCCCGUCAGGAACGCCUGCGCAACAAAGAAAAUGAAGAAUCGAAUAGCACAACAGCAGAAACCAACAGUAUGGAGACGUCAACAUUGAUUACUGGUUCUGCACUGUCUGAGGAUGAUGAGCAGGCUCUUCUGGAGAGGAUUGCCAGGAGAGAGGAACGGAGGCAGAAAAGGAUGAAGGAAGCUUUGGAGAGACAAAAGGAGUUUGAUCCCACCAUCACGGAUGAAAAUGCCACCACCACAGAAGAAAAACCAAGAAGAAAAGAAAAUGCUGAAGAAGUGUCCCAUAAUGAGGUCCCUUCAACAGAAACCAACUCCUGGAAAGAAAGCAAGGAGAAGGAAAAUGUAGAAGAAACCAAAGUAGAGGUUGGGGAGACGGCAAAGGCGACUGAAGAGCCCAAAGAAACUCCUGAGAAGAUAGAUAAACCAGAGGAGGAAAGACCAAAUACAUCUAAUCAAGAAGAACAGGAAUCCACAGAGAAAAAAUCCAAAGAACAAGCUGUACCAAAUGAGGAAGAAUCUGUCAGUGUAAGUAGAGAGACUAAAGAAAACACAGAAAAUACAGAAUUAGGAAGUGCAGAUUUAGAGACGAAAGGUUCAGUUUUAAGGAAAGACUGGCAAGAUCUUUCAAAAGAAGACAAAAAUGUAGACAAAAGGGUAGAAGUGGUAGUCAAAGUGGAGGCAGCUACACCACAGAUGGAAGAACAGAAACUUGUGGAGAAAGAGGAACCUGCACAGAAACCCGAAGAAAAAAUUGUGGAAGUAAUGGUUAAAAUUCAGGACGAACCUCCGGUGAAGAAGGAGGCUGAGGAACCUGCAAAAGAGCUUGAAAAAACCCAUGUACCUGUUGUGGAAACACCCAAAAAAUCAACGAGAGACAUUGAGGUGAAAGUCCAAAUUCCAAAUAAAGAAGAAGAGCAACCACAAGUGAAGAGGGAGGUUGAGGAGAAACCACAAUUGAAGAAAGAGAUUGAGGUAAAAGUCCAAAUCCCAAAGAAAGAAGAGGAGAAACCACAAGUUAAGAGGGAGGUUGAGGAGAAACCAUCAACCAUGAAGAAGAAAGUUGAGGAGAAACCUGUAACACAAAAGAAGGAGGUUGAAGACAAGCCAAGAUGGAAGAAAGAAGCUGAAGAAGCAAAGUCCAAACCUGAAGAAAAAGCCAAGCCAAAGAAGCCAGAGGUUGUGGAGGAAAAGCCGAAACCUUCAUUCUUACGUGACAAAAAAGUGUCCACAAAACCACCGGAUGCAGACGAAAAUGCUUCAAAAGCCAAGAAACCCCAAAAGAUCCUGAGCCCGAGCGGUUUGCGCUCUCCUGACUCAGAGAAGCAAGAUCCCAUCGCCAAGCUUGAGGCGGAACGUAAGCUGCAGGAGCUGAAGCGCAGGAGGAAUGAGACGGACAGCGAGACGCUGGAGAAGAUGAAGCAGAAGCAGCAAACUGCUGAAGCAGAACUAGAGGAGCUGAAGAAGAAGAGGGAAGAGAGGAAGAAGAUCCUGGAGGAGGAAGAAAAGCAAAAGAAACAACAGCUGGCGGAAAAGAAAGUCAAGGAAGAGGAAGAAAGAAGGAAGAUGAAAGAAGAGAUAGAGCGGAGACGAGCGGAAGCGGCAGAGAAGAAAAAGCAAAAGGAGGAGUCGAAAGAAGUGAGCAAAGCCCCGUUCAUCGCUCCUAAAGGAGCAUCCGCUAAGAUUGGAGAGAAAGCCGAAUUUCUGAACAAAUCUGCUCUAAAAAGUCCAGUAAAGAUCUCACACACUCCAUUAGUUUGCAAGAUUGGGAACAGGUUUGAACAGUACAAUUCUGCUCUUCAGACCAAAGAUGUGCCCAAGUCACCUAAAUCUCCCGUGGACGUGCCUGUGGCUGAAGGGGUGCGUAACAUCAAGAGUAUGUGGGAGAAGGGGAAUGUUGUUAGUCCCUCCGCCGGUCCCACAAGCCCCCCGCCGGUCACCAAGGAAACAGCAGGUGUGAACGCAGGUGUGUCCAGUCGCUUUAACAGCUGGAAGACGAGAACACCUGAGGAGAAACCUGCAGAACCGAUGCCAACACCGGAACCUGAAAAAACAAAAAAACCUGAACCAGUCAAAACGGACCAGAAGCCAGCUGAAGUCACCAAAACACGUGGCCUGUGGGAACCAAAGGGUUCCACUCCUGUCAAGGUGUUCGCAGCCAAGAGUAAAUUUGUCACUAAUGGAACAAGAAAAUAACGACACCUUAGAGACUCUGAAGACACAUCUAUAAAAUGCACAUGAUUCUCAACUGGUUUUGCUUCCUGAUCUUACAUUGGACAUCAAGUGGUGACCAAAAUUGCUAAAUCUGACAUUGACGUGUAAUAAUUAUGAAUUAGCUCAACAUUUUAAUGCAUAAUUAUUAAAAGACGUUGAAAUUUUGUGAAUGCAUGAACAAACGCAGAAGUGUGAUUUACCAGCCAAACACAUAGAACAAACAUUGAUGGACCUAACUAUGUUAAUAUUCUUACUAUGCAUGAUUAUUUGUUUGGUUGCUUGUUAUUGUUUGCAUUUAGCGUUGUGACCAUAUCGAAACAGACCUGUGACCUAUACCCGCUGAGAACCACUGAGUUCUGCUUUAUAAAUGUAGUAUUUAAUAAGUAGGGAAGAAUAAUCUCACCUGAAAUAAAUGACUGAAAUAGGAUUAGAAGAAUCUUCAUAUAGUUCUGUACUUGAUUCAAUCUUUUUACUUUUUUAUGACAUUGUCAUUUGGACAUUUGAAUCAUGUAAAACGUUUCAUUUAUUGCAUCUAUGUGCAAAAGCUUUGGUGUCUUUAAGGCAGCCUUACAAUACAACUAUAGCUACCAGUAACUUUAGGCUUUAUCUAAAUCUUGAAUUGAAAAAUGUUAUAAAGGCGAUAAUAUUGCCAUCAUAACGUGCCUUUAUAUCUACAUUACCUUUCAUUGAUGUGCAUUAAAAAUCUAUAUUAAUUCUGUUAAAGGGACAGUUCACCCCAAAAUGAAUAUUCUGUCAUCAUUUACUCACCCUCUUGGCAUUUCAAACAUAUAUGGAUUUCUUUCUUUUGUGGAACAAAAGAGAAAAUAUUUUGAAAAGAAAACCGUUGGUCCCUAUUGACUGGCAUUGGUUUUGUGUCCAUACAAUAGAAGUCAACGGUUUUCUUUUACCAUCUUAUGUUUAGCAGAAUAAAGAAAGUCAUACAGGUUCAAAAUGACAAGAGUGAGUAAAUGAUGACAGAAUUUCAAUUUUUGGGUGAACUAUCCCUUUAAUUAUAUACAUUGUAAUAUCUUUUGGUUAAGAUGUUUGAUCUUGUCGCUUUGUGCUUGACCAGAUUACUGUAAUAUGUUUUGCAUUUAGUAACAAGUCGUGCUAUAAACACAACACAUUUGCUUAGACAAAAAUAGAGGUACUUUAAGUGUUACCGAAUUUUCAAUAAAGUGCAUCAAUAUUCUCUUUCUGUAUCUGUUUCUUACAGUUUAAACAGUCAAUGUCAAGCCCAACAUCUGUAUAAUUACUGUAUCAUCAUACAAGCUUUCACAGUAAAGAAAAUUUACAUCCAUACAAUUUCUCUGUGU